AUGUCGGGCUUCGGCAAUGUUGAGCCAACUGCCAAUGGUGAAGCUGAGGACGCUGCUGCCCGCAAGGCGCAGGAGCAAGCCGAGGCUUUGACUCGUGUGCGUGAGGCAGGAUGGACUAACCCGAUCCCGUUUAACUACGAGACUGUUCAAGGUGGUAUCGAAGCCCCUGAGGAGGGUCGUGAGGACGCCAAGUGGCUCUCUGACGCCGUCAUCUAUGCGUGGGAUGACGACUUUGGCGACGUCGGUCCUGCCAACCCUGCUCUUGAGCGACAGUUAUUCCAUGGCGACCACUUGACUCGGGCGGGUGGUGCGAUUAAGGCCCUUUCUUUCGAGGUGACGGUGGAAGGCUCGACCCCGAUUUUCCCAGUGCGUGAGUUUGAUGAUGCUGGUCUACACCCUCAGAUGCGAGACAACGUUCGCUUGUGCCAGUACGGCCACCCGACUCCCAUCCAGAGCUACUGCAUUCCGGCAGUUCUCACUGGUCAUGACGUUGUCGCAUGCGCCCAGACUGGCUCAGGCAAGACGGCUGCCUACCUCAUUCCCAUCCUUUCCAAACUCAUGGGAAAGGCCCGUAUGCUCGCCGCGCCGCGUCCAAAUCCUACUCGAUACAAUCCUUCGACUGAUCGAGUCCGUGCGGAGCCGUUGGUCCUAGUUGUCUGUCCUACCCGUGAAUUAGCCUGUCAGAUCUUUGACGAAGCUCGUCGCUUGUGCUACCGUACCAUGCUCCGGCCUUGCGUCAUCUACGGUGGAGCUCCUACCAAAAACCAGCGCGAGCAAUUGGAGAUGGGUUGCGACAUUCUCAUUGCUACUCCAGGUCGCUUGACGGACUUUAUGGCAAACCUCAACCUCUUAUCUUUCUCCCGUCUUAAGUUCACCGUUAUCGAUGAGGCUGAUGAGUUGCUCUCUGGAGGUUGGGAGGAGGCUAUGGAAAAGAUUUUCCGGGGCUCUGAUACCAAUGAGGAUGCCGACCACACCUACCUCAUGUUCUCCGCUACCUUCCCUAAGGUGGCACGUAGACUUGCCCGCGACUACAUGGACCAAGACUAUGUUCGUAUCAAAGUUGGUCGCGUCGGCAGCACCCAUGAGAAUAUCAAGCAGCAAAUCAUCUUUGUCAACGAGUCAGAGAAGAACCAGGCCUUGUUCGACUUGAUCUUUUCAGAUGGGCCACAGAGAACUCUCAUCUUCGUCAACUCCAAGUUUAAGGCAGAUGCAGUCGACGACUUUUUGUACAACAAAGGCCUUCCGACCACAUCCAUUCACUCUGACCGUACUCAGCGAGAGCGUGAGGACGCUUUGCGUGCGUUCCGUACUGCCAAGUGCCCAAUCAUGGUCGCGACUGGUGUCUCAGCCCGUGGCCUUGAUAUCUCUAAUAUCAAGCAUGUCAUCAACUAUGACCUGCCAUCUAGCCAACACGAGGGAAUCACUGAGUAUAUUCAUCGUAUUGGCCGUACUGCUCGUAUCGGCAAUGAAGGCAAGGCGACUUCGUUCUACAAUGACCGUAACGAGGAUAUCUCUGAAGACCUGGUGAAGAUUCUAGUCGAGUCCAAGCAGGAGGUACCAGAUUUCCUUGCGGACAAGGUACCCGAGAAAGUUGAGUGGAAUGAUGGAACUGAUGACGAGGCCGUUUCUGGAGACUUCGGUGGCGGUGACGAUUUUAAUAGCGGAGGUUUCGGCGGAGGUUUCGACACUGACGCUACUACCGGCGGUUUCCAGGCUGGCGAGGGAGGCUUCCAAGCUGACACUGGCUUCAACGCGGAUGCCGACAAUGACAAGAAGAUAGCUUCUUGGUAGAUGCACUG